GAGUGACUGAAAAAUAGACGGAAAAUCAAGUUUGAAUAAAUAAAAUUAAGUUUUUGGCCGCGACAGAGAUUUUUCAAGGGAAAAUAAGGCCGAAAAUGCUACAGUUUCUAGAACAUCUGAGAACCCAGUUCUGAACAAAAGAUAACACCGGCAGAAAGUGUAGCAAAACUGCAACAUGGAAACGGCAAUCAACAACAAUAACAACAAUGACAACGGGUACAUGAACCAGGCGUAUGUGGGUUCCCUGAAUGCCUCAACCAUCUCCAUACCAGGGGCAUACAAGCCGAAUGAGUCAUCCAAUGGCAAGAAGCCGGUCUCCGAAGGAUCAGGCCCAGCUCCAGCACCAGGACCUGGCGACAGCCCGCCUGAAGUGGAAGCUGGCCAGCAGGGCAAGAAGCGCGAAAGUUGGAGCAACGACAUCGAGUUCCUUAUGUCCUGCAUCGCACUGAGCGUGGGUCUGGGCAAUGUGUGGAGGUUCCCCUUCACAGCGCUGGAAAACGGAGGAGGUGCCUUCGUGAUACCCUACCUGAUCGUCCUGAUUCUGGUGGGCAAGCCCGUGUACUACUUGGAAAUGCUGCUCGGCCAGUUCUCGAGCCGCGGCAGUGUGAAGGUCUACGACUUUUCACCCAUCAUGAGAGGCAUUGGAUAUGGACAGGUCCUGGCCACAGGCAUCGUUACCACCUACUACGCCACAUUAAUGGCGCUCACCCUGCGCUACUUCGUGGACUCCUUCUUCCCGACCUUGCCGUGGAGCUACUGCCGCGAGGAGUGGGGCGCAGAGUGCCUGGACUCGGGACCGCAGGAGGCCAGCAGAGCCACCAGCUUGGCCGGGUCGGGAGUGCGGACCACCUCGGCGGAGUUCUAUUUCACGAACAUCAUUCUGCGCGAGAAGGCGAGCAUCGAUGAUGGCAUCGGAUAUCCCAGCUGGAGUCUGGCGCUGGCACUGGCAGUGGCCUGGAUCAUCAUCGCAGGGAUUAUGUUCAAAGGCGUGAAGAGCUCGGGCAAGGCCUCCUACUUCCUGGCCCUCUUUCCCUACGUGGUGAUGCUGAUACUCCUGGUGAGGGCACUCAGCUUGCCGGGCGCCUUCGACGGCGUCCUGUACUUCCUGCGGCCCCAGUGGCACAAGCUCCUGGAACCGCAGGUCUGGUACGCCGCCGUCACCCAGGUGUUCUUCUCACUGGCCAUCUGCUUCGGGAACAUCAUCAUGUACGCCUCGUACAACCGCUUCGGCCACAACAUUUACAGGGAUGCCAAUAUCGUGACCACGCUGGACACCUUCACCUCCCUGCUGUCCGGUGUGAUUAUCUUUGGGAUUCUGGGCAACCUGGCGUACGAGAACAACACCACCGACAUCGCUAGUGUGGUCAAUGGAGGUCCGGGCCUGGCUUUCAUAUCCUACCCAGACGCCAUUGCCAAGUUUAAGUGGCUGCCGCAGCUGUUCUCCGUGCUGUUCUUCCUCAUGCUCUUCGUCCUGGGCAUCGGCAGCAACGUGGGCAUGGCCUCCUGCCUGUCCACCGUGAUCAAGGAUCAGUUUGGACACCUCAAGAACUGGACUGUGGUGGUUGGUAUAGCCAUUGUAGGGUACUUUCUGGGCCUUAUGUACGUCACACCGGGCGGCCAGUUCCUGCUCAACCUGGUCGACUACUUUGGAGUCACUUUUGUGGCCCUGGUGCUGGCCAUCUUCGAGCUGGUGACCAUUGCCUGGAUCUACGGGGUGAAGCGACUCUGCCGGGACGUGGAGUUCAUGAUUGGCAUCAAGACCUCGCUGUACUACCGCAUCUGCUGGGCGGUCGUCACUCCUCUGCUAAUGCUCACCAUUCUCAUCUACACCUUGGUGCUGUACGAGCCCCUAAAGUACAAGAAUUACACCUACCAAUCGGGCGUUUACGUCUUCGGGUGGUGCCUCAGUGCCUUCGGCGUGGGUCAGGUGCUCUUCUGGGCCAUUCCCGCCGUGCGGAAGCAGCCCUCGCACUUGGGUCUCUGGGCCCGCAUCCGCAAAGCCUUUGAGCCACUGCCCAACUGGGGACCCAGCGACCCGCAGACCCUCAAGCGGUACCAACUGUUCGUCCAGGAGGGCAACGCCAACGCCCUUUUCCGGCGCAGCAGUAUCUGGCACAAAAUCUAUGACAAUAUCUUCGGUUAGCAUUGAAUUAGCAAUAAAACUAUACACCAUUUAA